AUGCCUUGGCGUCCAUUAAUGCGUUAUUUAUCAAAUAAUGAAGAAUUAAUUCGUCGUCUUUCAGAAUCAUAUCCAAUACGUCGUGCAGCACAAUUAACAGCAUAUUUUUUAAAUGUUGGUAAAGAUAAAUUUAUUGAACACCAAGAUACAUGGGAAAAAUACAAAGAACUUCGUCGACAACAAGAAAAAAGUCGAACAUCAUCAUCUACAACAACAAAAGCAACAACAAAAAAUAAAAAACCUUUUUCAUAG